CUGCUGCUCCCUUGCAUGCCCCAGCGGAAGCCGCCGGGUGCGUCCCCGAGGCACAGGAGCGGAACUCUGGCCAGGGAAAUCGAAGCCAAAGGCACGAUCGAGGCCACAAAGAGUGCCAGCCUUGUGCAGAGAGGGGGUGUGGUGCAGUUGAGUUUGCUGGAGAGCAUCUGCCUGCACAGCUCAGAUUUGGAGCAGCCAGUGUGCAGAGUCAGGCCGAUCAACCAGAAGUGUAGAAUGUGGACGUCUCACGGUGGUGGCGUGCAGGAAACAGCCUGUCUCGGCUCUUCAGAUCACAAACAACCCAUGACUCACUACAGCGACGGCAUGAAAGGAAUGGGGGCCCCCGUGAUCAAGGGCCUCUGGGACUCCCAUAACAAGAUGGUGAUGGAACCGCUGGACACAAACGAUCCAGAGGUCUAUGACAUCAUCAAGAAGGAGAAGCGCCGGCAAACGCUGGGCUUGGAGCUGAUUGCCUCGGAGAACUUCGCCAGCCGAGCCGUCCUGGAAGCCCUCGGCUCCUGCAUGAACAACAAAUAUUCCGAGGGCUACCCGGGCCAAAGAUAUUACGGUGGCACCGAGUUUGUGGAUGAACUGGAGCGUUUGUGUCAAAAGAGAGCGCUCCAGGCUUAUGGGCUGGACCCACAGAAGUGGGGCGUCAACGUCCAACCGUACUCAGGGUCCCCUGCAAAUUUUGCUGUCUACACCGCCUUGGUGGAGCCUCAUGGAAGAAUUAUGGGCUUGGAUCUGCCCGACGGCGGUCACCUGACCCACGGUUUCAUGACGGACAAGAAAAAAAUCUCGGCCACUUCGAUCUUUUUUGAGUCCAUGCCCUACAAGGUCAACCCACAGACCGGUUACAUUGAUUAUGACCGGCUAGAGGAAAACGCCCGUUUGUUCCAUCCGAAACUGAUCAUUGCAGGCGUCAGCUGCUACUCACGGAACCUGGACUACGCCCGCAUGAGGAAGAUCGCAGACGAGAACGGGGCAUACCUGUUGGCCGACAUGGCCCACAUCAGUGGCCUCGUGGCCGCUGGCGUGGUGCCCUCGCCCUUCGAACACUGUGAUGUGGUCUCCACCACCACCCACAAAACUCUGCGGGGUUGCCGAGCCGGCAUGAUCUUCUACCGAAAAGGCGUCCGCAGUGUAGACCCCAAAACAGGAAAGGAAACCCUGUACAACUUGGAAAGCCUGAUCAACCAAGCGGUCUUUCCUGGUCUUCAAGGCGGCCCCCACAACCACGCCAUUGCCGGAAUUGCUGUAUCUCUGAAGCAAGCCAUGACGCCAGAAUUCAAAGCUUACCAGACACAGGUCUUGGCCAACUGCAAAGCUCUCUCCAAAGCCCUUGUCGAUUUGGGAUACCAUAUUGUGACCGGCGGCUCGGACAAUCAUCUGAUCCUGGUGGACGUCUGCAGCCAAGGCACCGACGGCGGGCGAGCUGAGUGGGUCCUGGAGCUUUGCUCCAUCACGUACAACAAGAACACCUGCCCAGGUGACAAAAGCGCUUUGCGUCCGAGCGGACUGAGGUUAGGGACGCCGGCUCUGACCUCCAGGGGUUUCUUGGAAGAGGACUUCCGAAAAGUGGCUCACUUUAUUCACAGAGGCGUUGAGCUCACCUUGCGGGUCCAGAACGACAUGAGCCCCAAAGCGACGUUGAAAGAGUUCAAAGAGAAGCUGGAGAAGGACGAGACGUACCGAGACCCACUGACGGCGCUCAAGGAGGAAGUGGAAGCCUUUGCCGGCGGCUUCCCCCUGCCGGGCUUGCCGGUUCUGUAACGGAACGCUGCAGAACCGGAGCCCAACCCAAGCGGAAGGGCGAGGAAGAAGACCCAGAGAAAUGCCCAGUUCCUCCGAGGUGGCUUUGAAGCUUCGCUGGGUUCCUGUUUUAACCAGGCUGCCCUUGUGCAGGCUGGAUGGAGGAGGGAUGGAUAAAAGCUAAUGCUCCAAAUAUAUACUAUGCUUUCCCCUUUG